AUGUCCAUCAAUUUUGACCCUUCAGAAUGGAUCUCGUGUGGUCGCACAUUUCCCCAGACAUGUCCCCCAAAAAUCCUUCAGCGUGAAAUCAAACGCCUUCAAUCUAUGCCACCGUGGAUCAGUAUCUCCAUCCCCUCCCCAGAUCUCUCCGUGGAUACAUUGCUCAACCUUCCCAUCAACCUCGCAUUCGACGACAUCGAUAAAGGAUCAGCACUUAGCUUUUUCUCCAAAAAAUCUGCUUUGAAUGAUUCUGAGCUUCCAAAGGACUUUUUAUCCUGUCCUAUCCCAUCUUUUGCACUCUCAUCAGAGCUUUGA